AGACAUAAUUUUCGAAAAAAAAAUACUCCUUCAGACUUAUAGUAAUUUAGGGUUUAGGAUCAGCCAAAAAUUCCCCCAAUUCGUGCCCCCGACCUCCGAUUCACUCAAGAAUUCAGGGGCAAUAAAUCCCCGCUGGCAUUUAUGUAACCGCGGCGUUGAAAAUCCGAGCUGCGAAAGAUGCUGGUGAAGAGCGGGAAUGCAUCGAUUAGGGAUCGGACACAGGAGUUCUUAGGGAUAGCGGAGAGGGUGAAGAAGCCACUGUCGUCACAGAAUGGGCCGAGCAGCAGUGGGUCGAAGCCGUCGGAGCCGCCGCGGUCGGCUAUGGCUAUGCAAUCCGAGUUCAAUCGGAGGGCGUCGAAAAUUGGGUUCGGGAUUCACCAGACUUCUCAGAAGCUAGCUAAGCUGGCAAAAUUGGCAAAGAGGAGUUCAGUAUUUGAUGACCCUACCAUGGAAAUCCAGGAGCUAACUGCACUUAUUAAGCAAGAUAUAACGGCUCUUAAUUCUGCAGUAGUUGAUCUACAGUUACUCAGCAAUUCACGUAAUGAAAGUGCGCAGACAUCCACCGACAACACAACUCAUUCAACUACAGUUGUUGAUGAUUUGAAGAAUCGUUUGAUGAGCACAACAAAGGAGUUCAAGGAUGUUUUGACCAUGCGAACAGAGAACUUGAAGGUUCACGAGAACAGGAGGCAGUUAUUUUCUUCUUCUGCGUCCAAGAAUGCUACAAACCCUUUUAUUCGCCAGCGUCCUUUGGCUGCAAAAUCUGCUACCACUACCUCAGCCGCCCCUCCUCUUCCAUGGGGUAGUGGGGGAGAAUCUUCAUCACAGAUGUUUCCCAAGAGUCAGGUGGACGGGGAAUCUCAGCCCUUACUACAGCAGCAACAAAAUCAACAGCAACAGCAACUGGCUCCACUACAAGACAGCUACAUGCAGAGCAGAGCCGAGGCUCUUCAGAACGUGGAAUCAACAAUUCAUGAGCUGAGCAGUAUCUUCAAUCAGCUAGCGACCUUAGUUUCUCAGCAGGGAGAGAUUGCUAUCAGGAUUGACGAGAACAUGGAUGACACACUGUCGAAUGUGGAAGGGGCUCAGGGAGCUCUUCUCAAGUAUCUCAACAGCAUCUCCUCGAAUCGGUGGCUGAUGAUGAAGAUCUUCUUUGUAUUGAUUUUCUUUCUCAUGAUAUUCCUAUUCUUUGUGGCCUAAUGAGUUGAGAUCCGGCAUUUCCUUUCUGCAGGGAUAUAAAGAAUUGAUCAUUGCUAUCAGUUAUAAUAUUUUCUUAUUCUUUUUCGGUAGAUUUUGGCUCUUUUGUGCAAGUGCAAUUGUUAUGGAAUCUGUGUGUUUUGUUGCUAUGAAAUACCAAAGGGUUGAUUUGAAGAUGUAACAUUCAUAAUGAGAGGGUGUGAUAUUACAAAAGUAUGGUAAUUUCUUGUUUCA